UCUGCAUUUUCAAUCAUUUUCCCACGUUGAGAUCGAAAUUUUUAUUACGCAUUUUCAAAAUAAUGCUCGCGGGUGUAAGCGUGAACAACAGAAACACGCCACACCUGUAACCGACGGAAUACAUUAAUGAAUUCUUCCUCACCUGACUAUCGGUCACUUGACUCAUUUCCUGUGGAUUGAAAGAACCCCCGGUACGUUUAAAAUCGCCGAUACAAUUGCAUCCCGCGCAUCCGCUGUCGGGAUGUAAUCACGGGGACGCGGACAAAAACCCGUCAUUGUCGCUACGCGUAUUGCAGAGAACAGUGAAAGUUAAAACAGUGAACGUCUGGCCGUUGUAUAAAAUUUUUUUGUACGUUUAUUUAUUUUUAAUGUAACAAAGAUUGGAAUUACGGUACAUUGGAAAUUAAUAUACAAAAUAUUAAAAAUUUAUGGCAAAGUAAUUAAAAAGAAAGAAAAUAAACAAGGAGGUAAUUAUUAUUGUUGAAAGUGGCAAUAUUGUAUAAGAAGAAUAAGAUCGAAAUAAUAAGUGCACAAUUUUUAUUAAUUCUCUUAUACUUCGUAAUACGGUAAAUAAAGGUUCUGUUCGAGCGAUUUUAUUAUAAACAGCACAAAUAUACGGUUCGAUGCAGUGAAGUGGAAGAAAGGAAGAAAAGGAGGCUUCCUGGAACCAGUACGAUGCAAGGUGCAACACGUGCUGCACGACAGCUGUUUUCCGGUUUAAAUUUGGACGUUAAGUUCAUUUUUAAUUUCGCGCCCGGACGAACUUUCAAAUAAUAAUAAUUACAAUAUGACAUGAGGUGUAUCCUUCUUGUCUGCUCUAAAUUCGCGAGCCAUUCAUCGAACAUGCGCGGUUUAUUUAUAUACGAAAGUCACGUUUCAGAGAAUGCGAUCCGGCGAAAAUAUUAUAGAUCAUCAAGAAUUGUAGACAUUUUCUGUAUUCCAUUGUUUAAAAAUUAAUUAGAGCUUUGACAUCAGCACAAGAAAGACUAAUGCAUCUUGAUAGGCAAAUUAUUUGCAGAUAGCCUGUUAUUUCUUCUCGUUGUAAGAAACGAGAGAAAAAGGUAAGAAGAAAUCAAGAAAGAGUGGCAAAUUUUGCGUUCACCGUCUAGCUAUGGAGGACGAGGACUUUGGUUUCGCGAAGAGGACAGACAAUGUCUUAAAGGUUUUCAUUGUUAAUAAUGAACAAUCACACAAAAAUACAACUUAUAACGUUGGACAUCUAAUCUGUUCUCCACCUAAGACAUCGGAAGUCGUUGGUGGAGGUGGAUCAACGACACCAGCGCCUCUGAUUGGGGCCGGAAGCGAGGGCCCUCCACGCGCGUCAACCGCCGCUGGCUCAGUCGUGCCCAACACGCCAAACAUACCGAACGUGGUGGAGUACCAUCUUAAAGUCAAGCCUAGAUCAACGACAAGGCACUGCCGGCUCGAUAACGUUCCCAGAGACCAGCCUGUAAAAGAGAUGAAGAAGGAGAAAGUGACUUCUGACGAUAAAAAGAAAGAUCUCGUGUCGAAGUUAUCACGUCUGUCAAUAGAUAAUAAUGUUUUUGAGGGCUCUACCGAUCUGCCGCAAGUAUUUCAGGUGAAAUAUUUGGGAUCCCAUGAUGCAAGAGGCCUCUGGGGCAUCAAGCACACAAGAAGGCCCGUCGAUAAUAUGGUUUCUGCUGCGAAGGCUUUGCCGACUAACACAAUGCUGCCUCUUAUCAAGCUAGUAGUCUCUCAGGAGGGAGUUGCCUUGCUGCCGCUAGACAAAAGGAAGCAAGAUGUCAAUUUAUCCAGAAUGUAUCCUAUUGAGACAAUAUCCUACGGAGUACAGGAUCUAGUUUACACUAGAGUCUUUUCCAUGAUCGUUGUUCGCGAGACGGAGAACUUCAGGAGAAUCUCACCAUUCGAAUGUCAUGGUUUUGUCUGCGAAUCGAAAUAUUAUGCCAGGCAAUUGACAUACGCUCUCGCUGCAGCCUUCGAGGUUUACUCCAAGACCGUAAAGGCUCAGGAAAAGCUGACUGGAAUCAGCGUAAACACCGCCAGGAAGAGAUUUGCGAUUGACCUAAGGAGCCCCGAGGAAAUUGAGGCGGAUCUUACGAUGGAUUCCGAAGCGUAACUUUCGAAAUCUAACAUUAUUUAUUAGAUUAAGAUACAAGUAGGUAUAAAUUUUUAAUUAGAGGAGUUUAAAAAAGGGGCAUUUAAAAAAAAUCUACACAAAAAAUAUAAAAAAAGAGUUGAAAGCAAUGAGUUUAUACAGUUAUUUCGAAAACUAUUUCGAAAUUUGAUUUUGUAUCCUAUAUAACGCGAUGUAAAAUAUAUUUUUUUUUAUAUACCUCAAAUCAUAUUUUUUUAAAAAGGACAAUGCAGGGUAGAAAGUA